UUGGAGAAAUUCAACAGCUCUGAUAUUGACACCUUUCUUAGUUGCAGAGAUUUAAUUCGCUUGCGUUUCGUGAUUUGUAUGCGUAUAGCUCCGUUUUUACCUGCCGAAAUGCUUGAAAAUGACAGCAGUGAUGGCCCUGAAGCAGAAGAGUAUGUGGGACUUGCGGAUUUUGUGGCUGAAGGAGAUGAGCAGCUUAGUUUCUCAGUUGGUGAUAAAUUGAAGGUCCACGACAGGAGUUCAGACUCGUGGUGGUGGGCUGAACUGCAGGGUAACUUUGGUUAUGUCCCAUCCAGCUAUUUGCAUCAAAGAGAGGAUGAAGAAGAUGCUUGGCAAGAUGAAGAAUACUUUGGCAACUAUGGGACGUUAAGGCUUCAUCUGGAGAUGCUGUCAGAUAAACCCCGGACGGAAACAUACAGACAGGUGAUCCUGAGCAACAGGGCAGCCCAGGGGAAGGUGGUCAUGGACUUGGGCUGCGGGACAGGGGUUAUCAGCCUCUUCUGCGCCCGUCUGGCACAGCCUGCUGCGGUAUAUGCUGUGGAGGCCAGCUCAAUGGCAGAACACACUGAGGAGCUAGUGAGGCAGAACGGCUGUGACGGAGUCGUGACGGUGUUUCAGGACAGAGCUGAGAAUCUCUCUCUGCCCGGGAAAGUGGACGUUCUGGUGUCAGAGUGGAUGGGCAACUGCCUUCUGUUUGAGUAUAUGGUGGAGUCAGUGUUGCUGGCACGUGAUCGCUGGCUGAAGGAGGGUGGCAUGAUGUGGCCUUCCUCCGCCUGUCUGAUGCUCGUCCCUUGCCAGGCCCUCUCUGACUACAGGCAAAAGAUGGAGUUCUGGGAGAAACCGUAUGGCCUAGACUUCAGCUACCUACAGUCACUUGCACAGAAGGAGUUCUUCUCCAAGCCUAAAUUUAGCCAUCAUCUCUUACCCGAGGAUUGUUUGUCCACACCAGCCGAUGUUAUCACUCUUGACAUGGUCACAAUACAGGUCUCAGACUUAGAGAGACUCAAAGGAGAGUUUAGUUUCAGUGUUGAGAAGUCAGGCGCGUUUCAUGGCUUCACUGCCUGGUUCAGUGCGCAUUUCCAGAGUUUGGAAGAGGAUGGACCAUCACUGGAGUUGAACACCGGGCCAUUUUCAGAGAUCACUCACUGGAAACAGACUCUCUUUAUGUUGGAUACACCAGUGACAGUUGAGGAAGGGGACAUUAUUGCGGGGUCCAUACGUCUGCAGAGAAAUCCAAUAUGGAGACGUCACUUGUCAAUCACAUUUUCAUGGAACAUAAAUAACACAGAAGGUCCUGAGUUCCAGACAAAGUGCUUUCCGAUGUGGAGGUGACCCUAAGACCCAUCCAUGAACCUUAUUUCUUUUUGCCGUUGUACAAUCUUUAGUGCACAAUGCAUCACACUACAAAUCUUCACCUGAGAUUUUCAGAUUUUUUUAGCUAGAUCGAAAAAAACUGACAAGACUAAAGUAUAAUUCAUAAAUAUUUGCUUGGUUUUUUUGUUUUAUUUAAAAAAAUUCAGAAAAGAUGGAUUUUGUGCACAAGUGAAUAAUUUGACAUUUGUCGGUAUUUUUUAAUAAAGCAAUAAGCAUGAUAGUUUAACAUGGAUGUUAUGUGAGGGGAGGUAGUUUUCAGUCAGGCUUGCAUUCUUGUGUGAGUUCAUGACUGCUUACUCUCACUGACUGCACGUGCUAAUUCCAAGCAAGAGCUCAAAUGUGGGACUGCAACAUUUGUUACACUGCACCUGAUGCUGUCUUGAUGAUGUUAUCUGAUGAUGUACAGCAGUACCUCUUUUCUCGUUGUCUGGCAUUUACAAAGGGUUCAGAAACUCAGUAAGAGUAUGUUUUUUUUGGUCAAAUCCUACCGUUAUUAGCUGCCUUGAGUUUAGAUAGAUUGUACACUUGUCGUUCCACUUACUUUAUUACUGGCGUGUCUUCAGUCUAAUUUUGGUUUUCAUCAGAGAGCUCUGCAAACUCGAACCCUUCUCACAACGCUGUUUGUCUGAUCAAGACCCACAAGGAGGGAUGUGCAGAGCUCCUCGGGGACAAUAAUUUCUGAAUCAUAGACUAAUGCUGAAAAUUCAGCUUUGAAAUAAAUGAUUAAAAUAGUAUAAAUGUAUAUUAAAAAGGAAAAAAAACUAUUCACAAUAAUAAUUGAAUUUGAAAUUGAAUUUGAAAUUUGAAUUUAAUGUUAAGUAAUAAUAUUUCACAAUAGCAAUAAUAUUUCAUAUUUCACAAUAUUAGCUACUAAGCUACUGACACUAGCUUUGUGGAAGAAUUUUUUUUUCCAUCCUAUAUAGGUAUAGGAAAGAACCAUAUGACUUUAGAGCCUUUGGUUUCUGAAUUGAUUGCAAUAUCAGUCAAUCGAGCAAAAUACCUCAGACUGACAGAUAUGUAAAAACAAAUUUUCUGACUUUUGAGCAAGUAGUUACUGUUUUGUAAUAAUUAUGUUAAUUUGAAUUCAAAUACAUUUUGUUUUAUUAACCACAGCAUUGUUGCUAUUUGCUGGAGAAGGGCACUUUUGAAUAAUUUUGAAAGAGGUCUUGUGUCCCCAAAGCCUUCUGUGUGUGCUUGGCCCUUAUGUUUCUUGUCUAGCUUAGUUUGUGUAACCUCGCCUCACUAGGUGAGUGUGCUCAUGUAAAAAUAAAAUUCAGCAAGGAACUGAGGUUUU